GUCGUUCUUGGGCGGGCAAUUUGAGCGGACUGCUACUGUUUGUUGUGGCGCUUGUGCUUGGAUACUACCUCCACAACUUGAGAGAAAUCGAAGAAAGUCGUGUAAAUCGCUCGGAGGGAGGUAAUUAUGAACGAAAAGGAGACUAACAUCAUAAUGGCGGACGUUAACGGUCCCCAGAAGAGACGUUCGCAGCGGUUGAGCGCCUCUCCUCAGGUAGCCGUUAACAGUGACAACAAAAUGGCGCUGGUCAAACGCUCCAUCACCGUGAGGAAAAUAGUGGCUAGAAAAACCGUUGCACCGUCAGAGAGCAACAAGGAGAACACACCGAGGCGCUCAGAAGUCAUCCAGAAGAAGCAGAAGGUCUCAACCCCUGAUGUUGUCCCCGCUCGUGUGCCUUCUUCCUCGGGUAAGAAGAAGGAGAAGAAGAAGGCCGCUAUGCCAUCCCCGAUCCUCCCCUCAUCUCCCCCGCCUGCCUCUCAUCCUCCUCCUGUGGAUAAAGAAGACCUGGUGUGGUCGCAGAAAGUUCGCCGUUCCUACAGCAGGCUCAGCGACAAGUCAUUGAACAGCCCCGACUCCAGAGAGACCCUAUUCGGCUUUGAGAAGCUCAACACCCCCGAAGUGGUCCAGAGGACACGGCGAUCCAAGCCAAGGCUGGAGGUUUCUGGGUCUUUAUCUGGACUGAACUCUUUUACAUCCAUGCUUGAAGCGGAUGACUGUGUACCCGAGGUGGACCCGAACAUCCCCGGGGUGGCUGUGGUGAAGGAGAAGAGGAGGAGGAAGAAGGUCCAGCAGAUAGACACCGUGGAGCUGGACGCACUGGCUGCAAAGAUGAACGCAGAGUUUGAGGAGGCAGAGGUCUUUGAGCUGGUCGUGGAGUGAAUCCUGAGACUGUAAUACUGACUGACUCUAAGGCAUGUUGUGUUUUUUUCCCACUGACAUGCUAAAAACACACUGACUCUGUAAGGUCUGCACUCACCUGCUGGUUUCAUACUCCAAAAAUCAAGUUUUUUUGUAAAUUUACUGUUCCACAUAAUGUUCAUUUUGAUUCCUGGGAGUUCCUCACCUGUUGUCGCUUUUGUUGUGCUCUUAUUGUGGCAGUUCCAGUCACUAUCUGGUGGUAUAGUGGCAAAGUAUGAUCACAUGAGUGUUUUUAUAAUUCAUUGUUGUAGUUAGACAUGUGAAGCUUCAUCUUGGAUAUGAUUAUUAAGGGAGCAUUUAUACAGAGAUAAAUACUUGUGAUCAGAUGUGCUUUAUGUUUAUUUUCAAAGCUGAUGGAAUACAGUGAUUCAUGAUUCAUGAUUCAUACACGCCUUUUUUGUUGUUGUUUUGACUGUUCAGACUCAUUUAUUCAUGACCAAGCUGGUUGCUUUGUACCUGAUUAGAUAAAGGAAUAUUCUGGUGUAAAAUUAAGUUAGGGUCAAACACACCAUAACACUGAGAUAGACACCCCGUUGAGAGAUGAAUGUUGCAGACCACUUGCUUCUCUAGUUAUACCAACCUAAGUAACGACCGCAGACAGCAACACAGAGAGCCAUGCGCUCAACCAAAAAGCCACUCUAUAGCCUCAAAUAAUGCUCAGAGCAGCACCUAACUUCAUCAACAGUACAUAUACAGUCCUAGCUAUAGUAAACAUCUUUUUAACUUUGCCUGUAGUCAGUUAUCUAAGUUGACUGAAGAUUGUUUUUUUCCCCAUUGUUUGCGAUACUGUUUUGAAUGAAAGCCACAUCAGGAGUUCAGAGGUCUGUAACCAGGAUGCGGCUCAAGAAGGUUUUUGCAUUAAUCCUUUAGGAUUUUGACAACCCAUAUUUUCAAUGAAAUACUAUGCUAACUGCACUCUUUCUAUUAAACAUAAUCAAAUAUCAA